AUGGAUUUAGGUAAUUCCAAUAAACUAGAAAAGUUUAAGAUAUUGUAUCGGUCCUUAGAAACUACAAAAAAAGAUUUAAAUGUAGUUUUAGAGGAAAUCGCGGAAUAUAGUUUGGAAGUUAAUGAAGAUUAUAAGCCAGAUUUUAAGGUUUUGAGUACUAUAGAUGAACUUUGUUGUCACAUUAGUAGGGCCGCGGAACGUUAUGUAAAAGUAAAGGCAGCGGCAAGGGUAGGCGCGCCGGCAACGGGGCCCUCAGUGACGGCGGCGGUACCCAAAUUACCGAAAAUUGAAUUACCUCUGUUUUCUGGGGAAAUCAGGGAAUGGGAAAUCUUUUAUUCAAUAUUUGAAAGUUUGAUUCAUGGAAAUAAGGAUCUAUCGGACGCCGAUAAGGUGCAUUAUUUGGUCGGGAGGCUUAAGGGUCCAGCUUUGGCGGUUUGCUCCGGAUUAGCUCCCACGGGGGAGAACUAUGAAAUCAUUUGGAAAGCGCUUCUCGAUAAAUACCAUAAUAAAAGAGUUCUCGCUAAUAGUUAUUUGGAACAGAUUAUAGACUUUAAGCAGCUUCUAUACGAGGCUUCAAAGGGCUUAAAUAUAUUCUUAGAAAAAUUUGAUGCGGCAGUAAAGGCUCUUAAGAAUUUCAAAUUAGUUGAUUUAACGGAUUUCAUUUUAGGCUAUUUAGCCUUAUCAAAAUUAGACCCGGCCACAGUAAAAUUGUUUGAAAUUUCUAAGCGAAAUGCGGAGUUUCCUAGUUACGAGGAUAUCAUAACGUUUGUAAAAGACCAGUCAAAAAUAUUAAGUUUGAAUAAGAAGCUACCACUAAAAUCGGGAAAUCUGGGUGAAAGCGUAGGAAAAAUAUCAAAGUCUUUUUUGGUCAAUGAGGCUCCUAAGGAGGAGAAUGCGGCUACCACUUCUCAUACUGGAAACAGUUGUAUUUAUUGUCAUAAGGGGUGGCAUUAUUUAACUAGAUGCGACAAAUUUAAGCGGUUGACUCCGGCUAUGAGGGAAAGGCUAAACGAGGCGACAGGGUCUUCGAGGGGAAGUGCAGAUUUGGAUGUGCCGAGGCCAUCGGUUUUAGCGGAGAGUCCAGGAUUGGUGACUAACCUGUCCUCGACGGAGGAGGCAACAGCCAAUCCGAUGCCUACUAAGCAUACGGUUUUGUUAUCAACCGCGGUGGUCGAUAUUCUAAAUUGUCAGGGAUUAGGUAAGGUGUCGGAACCGGUAAGGGGUAUGGCAGAUUUGAUGAUCGCGUCUCGUCAUAAUCGGAAUUGUAAAUAUGCACUUAAGGUGUUAAUAGUCGAAAAAAUUACGGAUAAACUUCCUAGGCUUCAAGUUGAUACCGACGGCUGUUCUCAUUUGAGAGAUAUUCCGUUGCCUGAUGAUUUAUUUUACCAAUCUCGAGAAGUGGAUGGGAUUCUAGGGGCGGAAAUAUUUUCUUGUUUAAUUGGUUCUGGUAGAGUAUUGGGUACAGCCGGAAAACCAAUUGCUCUUCAAACUACUUUGGGGUAUGUUGUAAUGGGAAAGGUGCCGGUAGCUCCAGUACAAACGGAUAUUCAGGCUUGUUUUACUGUAUCCAAUGAGUCCCCAUUUUGGAAAUGUACGAAAGAAGCUGGCGUUUUGUUCCCAUCCGCUAGCAUCUUCGUUAAACAGCAUGCGCUUGUCUUAACCAGCUGCAGUUACUUUACACCAGCCAGCGUUAAAUUUUAA